CAAAGCAAAAACCAAUUGCGCAAUAUUGUCACUGCUUAAUUAUAAGCCCCAAAAUGAGCCUACUCAAAAACUUCUCAGUUUUUUCCAUCAUAUGCAUCACCCUUUACUUUCCAACUUCAACCAAUGCAGCGCGUUUCGAUAUCCGAAACAACUGUGCCUUCACAGUCUGGGCAGCAGCCUCACCAGGCGGUGGAAGGCAGCUUAACAGUGGCGAAUCUUGGCCUUUAGAUGUGAGCUCCGGCACUACUGGGGCCCGCAUUUGGGCACGAACGGGAUGCAGCUUCGAUGGAGCUGGACGUGGCAGCUGCCAAACAGGUGAUUGUGGAGGUGUCCUCCAAUGCCAAGGCUAUGGCCAACCCCCAAACACCCUAGCAGAAUAUGCACUUAACCAAUUUAACAACUUAGAUUUUUUUGAUAUUUCUCUGGUUGAUGGGUUCAAUGUCCCAAUGGACUUUAGUCCCACGGACAAUGGAUGCACUAGGGGGAUACAAUGCACGGCUGAUAUUAAUGGGCAAUGUCCUAACGAAUUGAAGGCUCAAGGAGGCUGCAACAACCCUUGCACCGUGUUUAAAACUGAUCAAUAUUGCUGCAAUUCUGGGAGCUGUAGCCCUACAGACUUCUCUAAGUUUUUCAAGGAUCGGUGCCCGGAUGCUUAUAGUUACCCCAAGGAUGACCAAACCAGCACAUUUACAUGCCCUACUGGGACUAACUAUAGGGUUGUGUUCUGCCCAUGAAGUAGGUGUUCACUUCGCUCUGCUAUAGGAGACAUAAAUCUGCUGGCAAUAGCUAGCUGAUAAUAUCAAUUGUAUGUUUGUGAUGCAAUAAUUAAAAGCUUGAGGGCUUUGUCACAGCAUGUACAGUGUACAUGCAUUGUGUAACACAAUAUCAAUAAUAUUAAUGUACUCAUCCAAGGU